AUGUCAGCACCCGAAACACUAGAUGAUUUUUUCGAAAUACACGACCAGGAAGAUGAGCAAAUGGACGCCGCGAGCUUACUUCCGCUGAUGCUUCAAGCACAGGAUUUAGUCGCUAAGUUGGAAAGUAGAGUAGUGGAGUUGGAAAACGAUCUUGAGACCAUAAACGAGGCGCACGAGCAGGAACGAGAUCAAUUACUCCAAGAAAUUGGCGAGAAAGACGAAUACAUUCACAAUUUAAAGACUAAAGCUAGUCGACUUGAAUUUGGGGCUCGAGAGGCAAUCAUCGUGCUCGCAAGAACCGUGGAAAUACUCAAAGCACAAAAUAUUGAUGACGAUGAAGACAGUAGUAAAGAGGAUGAUGACAAUGCUACGGCAGUGGAAUCAACAGAUUUCGAAGGACAAUUCCUUGAUAGUAUCAAAUUAUGCUUAAAUUAUCUAAAGAAUGCACAGAGCAAUCAAGUUAAUCAAAAGGUAUCUAAAACUUAUAAGAAGCAUUCACCCUCACCCUCACCACUUCCGCUACCGCCACCUACCAUGCAAUCAACUCCCGUACGGCGGGAUUCAAAGCUUCAAUCAUCCAACGACGAUGAUUCUGAUCAUAAAGUUGACAUAACGACCCCUCCACAAGAUAACGAGGUCGGCGAUUUACAAGAACAAGAAGUUGAAGAUCAAAGCGAAGCAAGCAAUAAUAUAAAAACCAAGAGUAAUCGGUCGCGUAGGGAAUCUUUCAAUGGUAGUCAAAUUUCGCUGGACGACAUACCGGAUCUCGAUGAAUAUGGAUUAGAUGGUUCUGAGGACAUUGCCGAUUUUGCCAUGUCUGACGAGGAAGACAAUGGAUUUAGAUACCAUAGUCCUCUGUCGAGGCGACAGUCGAUUGACAGUGAACAAGAAGAGGAGGAAAGACGUAGGGAAAAUGCAUUUUCUAAUGAGUUUCAUAAUUCUACUGACGUGGGCAAUGAACAUGAUCGAAAAGAAGAAGUUGAACAGGAUGAUGAGUCGGAUGAGGAAGAUGAGCGUCAUCAUAGAAUUCACGACCUCCUUCCUCCGCCUGGUCCCGUUCCCGACAUUUCUCAGACCAAUCUCUGUCCUAAUUGUAACACGUUGCUCGCUCAAGUGGAUCAACAUAUAGAAGAGCGCGCUUACCUUAAACGGGAUCUUUCUGCUCUCGCUGUCUCUCUCACGGAAGAGCAAACCCUUCGUGCCCAGGUUCAAGCCAGUAAAGAUUACUUGGAAAUGGAAAUUGAUGAAUGGAUAAACGCCAUGUUCGAAAAAGUUAAUCAAAUGGUAUUCGACGAAGCAAAUUCACGUGAAGAAUUGGAAUUAUUGAAUCGAGAGACUAAGGGUAAAAUGGAGAAUGCGUUGAAAUCUUCCGGGAGUAGACAAGAUCGGCUGAGAGAAUUGAAGUUAUUGUUGGUUCAUUUGGACUCCACCAAGCAAAGGCAAGCCGCACCUACGCUAAACGGUUCCCUUCUAAACAGGAACUCUGUUGUCCGACGAAGUUUGAUGUCGAACUCGCCAGUUCACAGUGCCAGAUCAAGUAGGAUUUUUGGAAACUUUGGUCAUAUGUCUCCAAGUAUAUUUUCGAGCAAUUCUAUAGAUGAGGUUGUCUUUGCCAAGAGUAAGCGUGUGUACAUCGAUGGCGUUGUUUUCGAAGAAUUCCAAGAAUACAUAAAAUCAUUUGUCACUUCACCGGCCCCUAGUAAUUCGACCCCCACACAUCCAUUCAUGAAAAGGUGCAUGGCUGUAGACAUUCAACCUUGCCUGUUCGAAGGGAGCAGCAGUUGGAAAUCUCCAUUUUAUAAGAGAAGAUUGCUGGAUGCCAUCAUGAAGAAUCAGUGCGAGAUUCAAACGGUGUUGCCAAGCACUGCAAAUUCCAUUCAGAGUACCCCGAACACCAGCCAGAUUAGCAACUCAACUUCAAACACACGGCAAAGUGUUUAUUAUGAACAACCGCAAGCACCGACGGUCAAAUGUGGUCUCUGCGGCCAUCUAAGAAGUUGUGAAUACCGAAUGCGCCUGUCGGGAACUGAUGUUGCAGUACCACCAACGGCAACGAUGACCCCAUCAUCACGUUUUUCAGUUACGGGAAGCCCGGCAUGGAUUCCGUUGGAUCGAUUCUGCAGGGAUCGUGUGGUGGCUGUAUGCGAUUUCUAUGCUUAUUUGUCACACUUACGUCAAGGCUUGCUCGUCAAUUCGCCGGUAUGGGGGAUAUACAAACAGUGUCUCAAGCAUCGUAGGAGGAUGAGUCUAGCGCGUGUCGGUGGAGUUAGUAUGCUCGAUGAUGAUGAAAACAUCGGCUGCGAAUACCUGAAUAACCCGGAAGUGGAGGGAAUGGUUGUGAUUGUUCAUUAA